AUGCCUCCUAAAGUAGAUUCUAAAACUAGCGAAAGUGAUAAGGAGAUUCAGGAUACUAAACUGUCUAUCUUAAUUGCUAAACGUGAAGCUAUAUUCGGUAUCAUGCAAAAUGUCUUUGACUUAUCUCGUGAACCCGAUGUUCAUACGAACGUUGAAAAAAGAGAACAUUUUCUAGACGAAUCUUCACAAAUUGAUUCAUUGCGUUUAAAGUACGAGUCUAUUGUAGACGAUUAUAAUACACGUUUAUUAAACUUAAAUUCAGAUGCAAAACCUGAUUACAAAAGUCUGUAUGCUUUUGAGACUUUGUAUAAUAGGGUCAAACGAACAAAUACAAAAUGCUCAACUUUAAAUACGACACCAGAAAUACAUAAUGCGACCUCCGCGCUGCUAAAAGCCAAGCCGAAGCUAGCUCCCAUAUCGAUAUUAGAAUUCGAUGGUGACAUUAAAUCUUUUCAGAUGUUUUAUACGACCUUUAAGUCAGUAGUAGAUAAUAAUCCAUCACUCACAGAUGCAGAAAAGCUAUUUUAUCUGUUACCGAAGCUGACAGGGAAGGCAAAAAGCGCAAUCGCUGGAAUUUCUCCGUGUGCUGAGAAUUAUCAGCUCAUUUUACAAACACUCGUCAAUAGGUUCGAUGAUAAACAACGUUUUAAGUGCGUCAAGGAGAAGAAUGCCUGUGUGAACUGCCUGUCUAUAAAACAUAAAGUCGGGCAAUGUGAAGUCUCCCCGCACUGUUCGUGUGGUCAGAAACAUAACAAAAGGCUGCACUUUGACCAGCGCGAGGAACAUUCCCGCGCGCCUCAGUUGAAUACCGUCAUGCCGCCACCGAACGCACCUACCGUUACCGCGUCAUCGCCCGUAGCGGAUGAUCGCGCCGACGUAGCACUGUGCGCUACGCGCGUAAGCCCGUCUACAAGCGCUACGCAGGUGUAUAAUAGCAAUUUAAUGAAUCGUGUGGAAGACAAGCGAACUACUGUCUUAUUGGCUACCGCACAAGUUGCUGUUUACGACUGUAAUGGUGAACGGCAAGUUAUACGUAUAUUGUUGGAUUCUGCUUCGCAGGCCGAUAUCCUCUCAAAAGAAUGUUGUGAUCGCUUGGGUUUGCAAACUAAAUUCACAGAACGUAUUCCGCUUGCCGAUGCGAGUUACGGCGUACCUGAUAAAAUUGAUGCUUUAAUAGGAGCUUCCCUAUUUCCACAUUUGCUUCUCCCCGACGACGUCCAUACGUCACGUCGCGACCCGUCGGUGCCCGUUGCAUUGCGCACGGUGUUAGGUCUGGUGUUCAUGGGCAAUGCGCCUACGAUACCUACUAUAAAUACUCAUACGGCCUUGACAUGUUGUUUCGUUCAAGAGCCUCCUGCUAUUGACUCUUUAGUCAAGCGUUUCUGGGAACUUGAAGAACUUCCUUCCGCUUCCAUUCAGAAUCCUGAUGAUAAUGAAUGCGAAGACUUCUACACUUCGACUACUGUCCGAGAUCCCGAUACGGGCAGAUACGUUGUCGGGCUGCCAUUUAAAGAGGAUCUAUAUUCCCUAGGGAAUUCUUUGGACAUAGCUAAGAAACGUUUCAUCUGCCUCGAAAGAAAGCUUGAAGCUUCGAAUAAAUUGAGGUCGGCAUAUGAUGACGUCAUAAAAGGUUAUCUCGCGAAAGAUUAUAUUUCUCCCGCGCCUUCAUAUGAUUCUAAAGAUCCUGUUCCGAUUUACGUGAUGCCACACACGGGGAUUUUACGUGAAGGCAAACUCUCGACGAGACUGAGAUUAGUCGUCGAUGCUUCUUGUCGUUCUAGUUCUGGAAAGGCACUGAACCAUCUGCUACAUUCCGGUCAAAAUUUACAGGGAGAUCUUUUUAAAAUAAUUUUGAAUUUUCGUCUGCAUGCAGUGGCAAUGACAGCCGACUGCCGAGAACAGUUUCUACAAAUCGUUAUGCGCGAAGCUGAUCGUCGCUAUCAAUGCUUCUUAUACCGCUUUAAUCCACAAGACCCUCUUGUGCUAUACCAGUUCAAUCGAGUCUGUUUCGGUCUCACUUCCAGUCCCUUCCAUGCACUGCGCACGGUAAGACAGCUGGUGAAUGACGACGGCGCAAAAUAUCCACGAGCGAAUAGCAUUGUGCUACCCGCGCUUUAUAUGGAUGACGUAGCUUUCUCGCUUCCCAGCGAACUAGAGGCAGUCACUGUGUCGCUGCAGAUGAUCGAUCUUUUUAAGGGUGCACAGUGGGAAUUAGUUAAGUGGAACAGCAAUUCUCGCGAGGUCUUAGAUAACCUUCCUGCGUCCCACAAACUUCCGACUGAAGUGGAGUUUGACAAAACCAUGCACCAUAAAAUACUUGGUCUGCAUUGGUAUACUGGAAAUGACGCUUUCUAUUUUAAAAUUUCUGUGCCCGACGAUGUGACAUGCACUAAGCGCUCCAUCUUGUCGACUGUUGCCCGUCUGUGGGACAUAAUGGGCUUCGUUGCUCCCACAGUCGUGUAUGCCAAAAUAUUAAUUAAAAUGCUUUGGCAAUUAAAUCUUGAUUGGGACACUGUAGCUCCACCACACAUCAUUAAGAUGUGGAGACAGUUUUGCGAUGAGUUGCCAGCUCUAAAUAAGCUACACAUACCGCGUCAUGUGGGCGUGACAACAGACUGUGAGGUCACUCUCCUGGGACUAUCAGAUGCUAGUCUCGCAGCCUAUGGUGCUGUCGUUUAUUUACACGUUAGCUCCCCUACUGGUAACACUGUGCGUCUUGCUUGUGCGAAAAGUAAAGUUUCGCCGACGAAACCUCAUUCAAUUGCUCGUCUCGAACUAUUAGGUGGCGUCCUACUGUCGAAAUUGCUUCGUACAGUACAUGACACUUACUCUGAGCGUAUCCCAAUCAAGGCUACAUAUGCAUUUCUCGAUUCCAAAGUCGCCCUAUAUUGGAUAAAAAGUUCACCGCAUAGAUGGCAGACUUUUGUCGCGAAUCGCGUUGUACAGAUAACUGAGAAUAUCUCACCAGACAACUUUUAUCAUUGCCCUGGCACUGAGAACUCUGCUGAUAUUCUAUCGAGAGGUGUAACUCCUGAGAAGCUUCUCUCACACCCUCUGUGGCUGCAUGGUCCACCAUGGGCAUCAAUGCAUCCGUCUCAGUGGCCACUCAAAACUCUAGAGGGAGAGUCUAUUGAAGACGUACCCGAGAAGAAGGUUCUUAUACACACUGUGUGUAAACCUAUACUCCCGAACGACUUACACGAGCUUGCUCUCCGUUUUUCUUCGUGGAGCAAACUUCUACGUAUAAUUGUAUACAUUUGUAGAUUUGCUAAAUUACUGCCUCGUCGCGGCACUAGUGCAGUUACCGCUGACGACUUAAAUUUCGCAGAGAAUAGAAUGCUUCGCGCUCUGCAAAAUCAGCAUUUUGCUGAAGAAUAUUCUCUUAUUAAAAAUAAUAAAACAUGUUCACCGGCAUUUAAUCGCCUAAGACCAUUUAUUGAUGAUGGACUUAUCCGCGUUGGUGGUCGUCUCGCCAACUCUGGACUUAGCUUUGAAAAAAUACAUCCGGUUAUAUUGCCUCGCAAUGGCCACGUGGUAAAUAUAAUCAUUGAUUAUUACCACAUUAAACAUUUACAUGCUGGACCCGAACUCCUAAUGGCCCUGCUUCGUCAGAGGUACUGGAUUCUGUCGGCACGCCGUAUUGUCAGGCAAAGAGUACAUAUGUGCAAUACUUGCUUUAGAUUUAAACCGCGUCCAACCAUUCCGCUGAUGGCGGAUCUUCCUGAUAUACGUACACGUCCAGCGUUGAAAGCCUUUAGUUUCACCGGCUGCGAUUAUGCAGGUCCUAUACCAUACGUUCCUGUACGCCGCCGUGGCGUACACAGCGAGAAAGCUUAUAUUGUGCUGUUCACGUGUCUCACUACGAGAUCUACGCACAUUGAGGUUGCUACCUCACUCAGCACCCCCAGUUUCCUCGCCGGGCUUAAAAGAUUCCUAUCAUGUCGUGGUCCUGUUCAGGUGCUGCAUAGCGACAAUGCUAAAAACUUCCAGGGUGCUGCUUCUUACCUUCGGGACCUCUAUAAAUUUCUAAGAGAAGAAUAUUACCCGAAGCUAGAGCAGGAAUGCGCUGAAAAUCGCAUAACUUGGAAAUUCAUCUGUCCCAAUUCCCCACACUUUGGAGGUUCAUGGGAAAGUAUGAUCAAGGUGACUAAGACGAUCCUGUUCAAGGUCAUAGGGCAACAGCUCCUUUCUUAUGAGGAACUUUGCACUGUGCUCAUUCAGGUCGAAUGUCUUCUCAAUUCGCGUCCGCUAACAAUACUAAGCUCUGACCCUGCCGAACCUUCGGCUCUUACUCCAAGUCACUUCCUACAUACUGCGCCUCUAUUCUCCUUGCCUGCGCCUGAUGUCAAUCCAGACAAAAUUAACUUGGUUGACAGGUACUCGUUAAUAGAUAAAAUGGUCCAAUCGUUUUGGAAUCGUUGGAGGAUGGAAUAUUUGCACGGAUUGCAAGUUCGUUUGAAAUGGAAUACGCCUUCCGUACCUAUUACGCCGGGAACUGUCGUCGUAGUUAUAAAUGACAACGUACCGCCUCUGGCUUGGCCUCUAGCAGUAGUAGAGAAAGUGCAUCCCUCGAAAGACGGCGUCAUACGCGUAGCGACCGUUAAAAUUUCCGGGAGAACUUACGUCCGUCCGGUCGUUCGCUUAUGCCCUCUUCCGACGCAAUAA